GUCACGGCGGCAGAGUUUGGUCGCAGAGCAGGUGCUCUGCAGUCAGCGCCAUGGCUGCCCUCGGUCCUGUGCUCGCGCGCUCCCUGCUUGCUGCCCUUCUGGCUCCCGCGCUAGUGGCACUACUGGUGUCGCCGGCCUGGGGACGCGGAGGCCGGGACCACGGGGACUGGGACGUGGACAGGCGACUGCCUCCACUGCCACCCCGCGAUGACGGGCCGCGCGUGGCCCGCUUCGUCACUCACGUCUCGGACUGGGGCUCGCUGGCCACUAUCUCCACGAGAGAGGAGGUGCGCGGCAGGCCCUUCGCGGACAUCAUCUCAAUUAGUGACGGUCCUCCGGGAGAAGGCUCAGGCGAGCCCUACAUGUACCUGAGUCCGCUGCAACAAGCAGUGAGCGACCUGCAGGGAAAUCCAGAGGCUACGCUGACUAUGUCUUUAGCACAGACUGCCUACUGUAGGAACCAUGGAUUUGAUCCCCAGAGUCCCCUGUGUGUUCAUAUAAUGAUGUCCGGGACUGUGAUCAAAGUGAAUGAGACAGAAGAGGGCUACGCGCGGGACUCGCUAUUCAUCAGACACCCUGAGAUGAAACACUGGCCUCCUGGCCAUAAGUGGUUCUUUGCUAAGUUAAAAAUAAGCAAUAUCUGGGUUUUGGACUACUUUGGUGGACCAAAAGUAGUGACACCUGAAGAAUAUUUUAACGUCACACUGCAGUGAAGCAAGUACGGUGAACUGGAUCACACCAGCGACAGGUCUUCCAAGGCUCAUGCACUUAGAGGGCUCGACCCUGCCUGGCUGCUAGCCCACUCUGCCACCUCUUGUUUCUAUUUCCUUUGCUUGUCUUUGCAGAGUGUUGUCCGUUAGAAGACGUGCUUGCUGGAUUUAAAAAAAAAAUGUCUUGAAGCCA